UUUCCUUCUCCUCAUUCUCCAAUUUUCUUCGUUCUCCAUCUCCUUCGUCCUUCGCAGUUUUAAUUUAUAUUUUUUCCUAUAUAUAUUUUUGAAAUUUAAUCCUUCCUCGUCCUUCUUCUUAUUUGUCGAAACCCUGAAAAUUCCUCCUUUGCAGCAAGUUGUACAAAGGUUUUGCUCCGUUCCCAUCCGGAGGAUUUCGAUUCUUUGGGGCAAUUUAAUGAGUUUUAUUUGAUCGAUAAUUUGUUGAUCGAAUUGUCCAAUGGCGGAGAGUUUCAGCAGAUGGGAGUCCGAUCCCUUAUUCUCGGCGGCCGAAGUGGUGCAAGAUUCUGCAGAUAGGAUGGAGUCGGUCUUUCGGAUGCUGUUGCAUGAAAAUAAACUUUUGCAAGGGGAUCCUUCAGAUACUAAGCUUCUUAGUUCAGUACGAUAUCAAAGGAGAGAUCUUGUCACUGCUCUUGAGACAACCAGAUGGCAGUUGGAGGACUUUGAGAGGGCAGUUAAUUUAGCUGCAUUAUCUGAUCAGUCAAAUUCAAGGGAAAAUGCAAUUUUUAAAUUCAGACAAUUGACCAGAGCAAUAAGGGAACAAAUAGUUCAGGUCGAGAGAAGUUUGGAUGACUCAUCAGCGGAAGAUAUUAACAGAAAUUUUGAAUCUAUGAAUUUAAAUGAACAAGAUACAGAUGGAUUAGCAUUGUUUCUUUCUGGGGGUGAUUCUAGGGACCACCAUUUGCAUUAUGACUCUGGAAGUAGCAUUAUGAGAAGGUUUCUUGAUUCAACCACAGAUGGUGAUGCAAUAGUUGAACUUAAAACUGAAGAAGUUGAACUCUUUCCAAUGAAUGGUCAGAAAUAUUCAAACCAUGGUUAUGAUUCCUCAAAGGAUAAUAUGCUACGGAAAGUUGGAUCGAGCUAUUCCCAAAGAGAAAUAGAAACACCAGCUGCCGUCCAGGGUUCUUUUAUAGUAAACUGCAGAGAGGUAAAUGCUGGCACAGGGGCAUACGAUAUGGAAGUUGGUGAUCCAGGUGGAAAAUGCUAUCCUCAGAAGAACCGAUUAAGGGGAUCUUUUUGGAGGUUCUUGAGGAAUUUCUGGCUUGCAAAUAAUACAAAAGGGAGCUUUACAAAGAGGAGGAAGGAUGGAGAGGCAGUGGAGGCUGAAGUGAGAAUGACACCUUCCAUAAUCAGCAUAUCUCCAGCUGAACAGGGUAGGAACCUUGCAGCAGGCUGGAUUCCCAGUUUUAGAAUCUGUGAGGGAUCAAAAGUAAAAGACCUAACAUGUACUUUGCAAUUGUAUAGCUGGCUAGAAGCUAUUCGAAAGAGAUAUCAGAGGUCUCAAUUUGUUAUCCUUAACAGCAGAUUUCGAGUUCGCAUAGCAAUAGCAAUAUUGGUUACACUGGCUGUUCUUGGCUUCUUUGCAUUUCGUGCUGCUUGAAUAGUAUAUGUACUUUUGGUAUUUUUCCCUUUUCAUCCUAUUCAUGGUUAUUGGAAAAUGUGAUGACAUUGCAUUCUGAUCUCUCUGGUGGCCUCUAAGUGAGAGCAGCCAUCUCCCAUGUUUGGCAAGAGGAGCAGCCAGUCACUAUUCAAUGCCUGAUCGUGAAGGGAGCAGAACAGCAGUCUCAGACAUAUCAACAUAAGUGGUUCCUGGCAGAUGCUCUAAGAAUCCUGCUACUUUUGUGGGUUUGUUUAUGAUUUGGCAUUCUAAUAGUUUGUAUGCCUGUAUUUGGAUUUGGUCUGUUUCUUUUGUAUGAUAAAAUGAAACAUUUGACAGUAAUUAUGCUUGUCCAGUUUUCAAGAUCACAUGUUCUCGCAGCAUAUCCGCCAGCCAUGCUGUUUUCU